AUGGAUGGCCCUCUGUCGAGUACCGGAGAGGACAUGGGAAGCUUUGAAAAUCCUGCAAGUAAUGCAGAGACAGAAGCCGAUGACACAAUUCAACAAGAGUCUGAUAAUGACCGAGUUGAGGAGGAGCCCAAACCUGGUAUGAAGUUUGCCACUGAUCAUGAGCUUAUGGCUUAUUACAUGAGAUAUGCCAAACAACAAGGUUUUGGUGUUAUAACACAAAGGACGAAGAGAGAGGCUAAUGGGAGGGUGAAGUAUUUGACUAUUGGGUGUGCACGAGGUGGCAAGUACCAUCCUAGCCAUAGUAAUAUCUCGAGGCCACGCCCAACUAUUAAAACGGAUUGUAAGGCAUGGAUAAAUGCUCACUUGGUGGAGGGUAGUUGGGUGGUGACCACUGUUGAGAUUGGCCAUAAUCAUAGUACUGUCAGCCCACAAAAGUCUAGAUUCUUUAGAUCUCAUAAGUGUUUAGACGAAUACAGUCAGAGGAUGCUUGAUUUGAAUGACAGGGCAGGUAUUCGAAUGAACAAGAAUUUCGGGGCACUUGUUGUUGAUGCGGGGGGGUUCGAGAAUCUGCAGUUUCAAGAAAAAGACUGUCGUAAUUUUAUUGACAAAGCCAGACAAUUAAGGCUGGGUAGAGGUGGUGGCGAAGCACUUACUGAGUACUUCAAGAGGAUGAGGUUGCAAAAUGAUGGUUUUGUCUAUGUGAUUGAUGUGGAUGAAGAGCUGAGGUUGAGAUCACCUUCGAUACGACAUACCUGGCAAAUAGAUACGGUAUGCCUCAGCUCUUCGGAGAUGUGA